ACCCUAGCUACGCACCUCAGCACCGCGCGCGCGGGAUUAGGAUAAUCUCUCCAAGUCAGCAACUCAGCAGCAUCAUGCAAAGCUAGCUCAGCUCAGCUGCCAUGCAUCGGAACGGCUACUCCAUCAGUUGAGCCUUGCUUACUCUGACCACCAUCUCUCAUCUCUUCGUCUCUUAAGCUGGCGUUGACUUGUCAUCACCAGCUGGCCAGACCGAUCAGGCUAGCUGCUGAUUUGAUGCUGCAACCAUCUAGCAGCUAGCUCCUUAACUGAGGAUCGACGAUGGCCGGCGGCGCCAUCGUGAACACGGCCGGGGGCAAGGACUACCCCGGCAAGCUCACCCUCUUCGUCUUCUUCACCUGCGUCGUGGCCGCCACCGGAGGCCUCAUCUUCGGAUAUGAUAUCGGUAUCUCAGGCGGCGUGACCUCCAUGGACCCUUUCCUGAAGAAGUUCUUCCCGGAGGUGUUCCGGAAGAAGCAGGAGGCCAAGACCAACCAGUACUGCAAGUACGACAACCAGCUGCUGCAGACCUUCACCUCGUCGCUCUACCUGGCCGCGCUCGUCGCCUCCUUCUUCGCCGCCACCGUCACCCGCGUCAUGGGCCGCAAGUGGUCCAUGUUCGGCGGCGGCCUCACCUUCCUCAUCGGCGCAGCGCUCAACGGCGCUGCCAAGAACGUCGCCAUGCUCAUCGUCGGACGCAUCCUCCUCGGAAUCGGAGUCGGAUUCGCCAAUCAGUCUGUUCCGGUGUACCUGUCGGAGAUGGCGCCGGCGCGGCUCCGCGGCAUGCUCAACAUCGGGUUCCAGCUGAUGAUCACCAUCGGCAUCCUGGCGGCGGAGCUCAUCAACUACGGCACCAACAAGAUCAAGGCCGGGUACGGGUGGCGCGUGAGCCUGGCGCUGGCGGCGGUCCCCGCCGGCAUCAUCACGCUGGGCUCCCUCUUCCUGCCCGACACCCCCAACUCGCUGCUGGAGCGCGGGCACGCCGACGAGGCCCGGCGCAUGCUCCGCCGGAUCCGCGGCACGGAGGAGAUCGGCGAGGAGUACGCGGACCUGGUGGCGGCGAGCGAGGAGGCGCGGCAGGUGCGCCACCCGUGGCGCAACAUCCUCAAGCGCCGCUACCGGGCGCAGCUGACCAUGGCGAUCAUGAUCCCCUUCUUCCAGCAGCUCACCGGCAUCAACGUCAUCAUGUUCUACGCGCCGGUGCUGUUCGAGACGCUGGGCUUCAAGGGCGACGCCUCGCUCAUGUCCUCCAUCAUCACCGGCCUCGUCAACGUGUUCGCCACCGUGGUGUCCAUCUUCACCGUCGACCGGCUGGGGCGGCGCGCGCUCUUCCUGCAGGGCGGCACCCAGAUGGUGGUCUGCCAGGUGGUGGUGGGGACGCUGAUCGCCGCCAGGUUCGGGACCAGCGGCGUCGGCGACAUGCCCAAGGGCUACGCGGCGGUGGUGGUGCUCUUCAUCUGCGUCUACGUGGCGGGCUUCGCCUGGUCGUGGGGCCCGCUGGGGUGGCUGGUGCCGUCGGAGAUCUUCCCGCUGGAGAUCCGGCCGGCGGGGCAGAGCAUCAACGUCUCCGUCAACAUGUUCUUCACCUUCUGCAUCGCGCAGGCCUUCCUCACCAUGCUCUGCCACCUCAAGUUCGGCCUCUUCUACUUCUUCGCCGGCUGGGUCGUCAUCAUGACCGUCUUCAUCGGCCUCUUCCUGCCGGAGACCAAGAACGUGCCCAUCGAGGAGAUGGUGCUCGUCUGGAAGUCGCACUGGUUCUGGAAAAGGUUCAUCGCCGACGAGGACGUGCACGCCGGCGGCAGCCAACUGCAGAUGGCAUCCUCCAACAACGGCAACGGCAAGAAGGGGGCCGACGCCUGAUUGAUCGAUGAUGAUUGUAUUGUACAUGCGGAUCCCCCUCCCCUUCCUUCUUUAGACGUACGUACUUCGCCAAUGCUGCAAGGCAACCAAUUCUCUCAGUUGUUCUUCUUGGCUUGUGAUCCAUCCAUCCAUGCUUGCUCUUCCCCCGCUUCCAAGAUAGAUUAUUCCAUCGAGUAUUAAUCUGUUUGUGUAAGGAGUGUUUGUUGUUAUGCCGCCCAUUGAUUCUUGCAUGCAAAAGAUGAACACUGAUGUACAAUUGAUCUAUCUAUCUAUCUCGUCAUCAAUCAAAUACGUAUGCAGGAUUUCAUUUCUUCUGGCAUACAGUAUACCAUUUUA